GAAAUAGCUUUUGAAAAGUUUCAAUCUUCUUCUUCAUCGUUUUCAACAGGAAGUUUCUGCAAAAGUUUAAGAAUGGAGAAGAAUCUUUCUGAAGGAGACAGGCACAGAUGGGAUAAGGCCAGGCAUCCUACAUGUGACAAAUGUGGAUUGAUCUUCACCAAAGAUAGUAUGUGGCUUCAUCACAUUUCGUCUUGCUCUCACAAGAACAAGAAGACUGUGAUAAAGUAUGUCACAACACCUUCACCCGCACCCGCUGCAGAAAUCAAAGCUACAGUACAUCAUGCUCCUUUACCUGAUGAUUUUUUUUGAUGCUCCGUAUAAGAGACCACCAAGGGCAGUCUUGUCUGAUGAAACCAAAGAGGCAAUCGAGGUUAUGAAGGCAAAUAAACAUGAUUUUUUGAUGAAGUAUGCGCAAAGCUGUGAUAAGAAUCUUCUCGAUGGUGCUCGAAGCAAGUACCUUGCAUAUCAGUCAAAGGCCAGAAAGGCACAACCAUUGGUUGAUUAUGACGAAUCAGAUGACUCUGAUGACAAUGAUGAAUUUUAUUACAAAAAGAUGAUUGGUCCAGUGGGUGCGACAAAAAGUAAAAGCUCUGUUGAGGACUCUGACGACUCAGAUGACUCAGAUGACUGUUAUUAUAAAAAGAAGACUUUUUCAGUGAGCGAGGCGAUGAAAGUCAAGGAUUUGGGUAAGAACUCUGCUGAUGCUGAUACCAGGUUGCAGUCAAACACCCUUACAGUUAAAGCUCCAAUUGACCAGAACAAGGACAUUGGUGGAGAAGAUAGCUUUAGAAGCACGUCGCCUAACAGAGCAUCUGCAAAAUGUACCUUGUGCAGAACAGUUUUCAAUGUCUCUACGCAAAAGCAUCGUUGUAGGAUUUGUGAAGAUGUAUAUUGUGAUAAGUGUGCCAAUGGUUCUAAGGAGAACGCUCAGGCAGUUGACAUCUGUGACGGAUGCUUGGCAGUUCUUGGACAGAGCGAUGUGAAUGAAUCUGUCAGCUGAGCUGCUGGGUUUAGUGAUGAGGGAAUAUGCGAAGAAGCUCCAAGCGAUUAGCUACAAUUUUGAAGGAAGAAUGCAGUUUUCUAACUCCUUGAUAGUCUGCCAUUAUUCGUGAAUAUUAUUUUUUCUUUUGGAUAUUCUUCUACUAUUCUUCUUUUGAAUGAAGAAUGCAGUUUUGCAAACAGACUGGGUAUAUAUAUAACAU